GAAAAUGGGAAUUCAGUGCUUCGACCAGAUGCCCCUCCUUUUCAACCGGGGAGGCCUGGUGACAGGAACCACAAAGGGCCUUUUGACCCCCCUGCUCCUCAAAGACUUUUACAGCCUAAUAGCUUUAAGCAAGAACCAGGACAAAGGCCUUUUGAUGGUCCUCAGAGGGAUCCAUUUGGUCAUGGACAACUCCGAGGGGAUGGCAGAAGGCCAGGACCAGGGAGAGACUCUUGGGAUGAGCGCCGGGGCCCUCCUGGCGAUUUUAAACCUCCAAACUGGCAUGACCAGGGCCCUAACAAUCUUGGACGUGGGAGAGAUUUCAGGGGCCCACCCGGGGAUAGGUUUAAUGGACCUCAGGGAAUCUUGGGUUCCCCACCAAGGAACAUGGAAAUAGACUCACGUCCUGGAUUGCUUGGACCUGCACCACAGCAACCCCAGCAAUUGAUGCAGGGAUCUGGUGGACCACAGGCUGGCCCUAAUUCACAAGGUGGUGCUCCAAGGGGAGAUGACUUCCCUUUUCAAGGUAUGCGCAUUACACCAAUGCUAUUGGUGGAGGAAAGUGCCAUUUUCUUAACAGCUGUAAAACGUCCGAUUUUCAAUGCUUUUGGUCUGUUCAAGUCAUUUCAAGUGAUGUGAAACCUACGGUGCGACCAUUUAUUUCUCCGCGAUCGUCUCAUUCGGGCCCCAGUUUGCCUCUCCUCUUUCACCUCUGUGAUGUUAUAUGUAACCAAAAUUCCUUACUUCUUCACUUCGCCUUCGCCUGGAAAUUAAAGGAUCACUACGAAUGCUAAACAGACAUACCCAACCAUGCGUCUCAGUUGAACAGCAGCCAGUUAUAAACUGAGGUGAACAUUUGACCAAAAUUCCAAUUUGAGUUUGUGAAAUACUGAUAAACAAAUGGUACCGUGUGAAAAUAAACGAGGUUUCAGUUGAAUGGUCACACCGUAGGAUUUUGUCCGUAGACCCAAAAGUUAGAACUACAUACUAAAUAAAUAGUACCGUGUGAAAGCACUGCUGAAGAGGUUUCAUAUGAAUGGUCACACACCAUGGGAUUUCAUUCACAGGCUCAAAAAAUUAGACCUACGUUCUAAAUAAAUAGUACCAUGUGAAAGCAGUGCUGAAAAGGAUUCAUUUGAAUGGUAGUAUGGUGCCAUAGGAUUUCAUUGACAGACUCAAAAGUUAGGCAACAUACUAAACAAAUAGUACAAUGUGAAAGUACUGCUGAAGAGGCAGGGGCACCCAACGACAAUUUUCGGAAAAAUAUCUGUUCCGAGACGAUUUGAGAUCUAGAAUUUUCGGAACAUUGGUUGUAAAAUUUCUUGCUUGCCUGCUUCUCCUAGGAUUUUCGAACAUCUAAAAUAUGGUAUAAUUGCCUAUUUUUAACGGAUUUUUACCCUAAAAAGGUCACCUAAAAUUUUCGGGAGCCUUUUUUCUGGCUGAAAUUUUCGAAAAGGUAAGUCUUGAUCCCUAUAAUUUUCGGAUCACUAGACUUUCAGCUAGGAAAUCCGAACAGAUGAAAAAUUUUUAGGGGAUAAAAAUAUGCCUAUAUCUACCGUUUAAAUACCAAAGUACGUUUAACAAUGCUGUUUUAGUGGUUUUGAACUAUAUUCUCGUUGGGUGCCCCUGAAGAGGUUUCAUUUGAAUGGUAACACCAUAGGAUUACAUUCACAGACUCAAAAGUUAGAACUACAUACUAAAUAAAUAGUGCCAUGUGAAAGUACUGCUGAAGAGGUUUUAUUUGAAUGGUAACACCAUAGGAUUUCAUUCACAGACUCAAAAGUUAGAACUACGUACUAAAUAAACAGUAUCGUGUGAAAGUUCUUGUGAAGAGGUUUCAUUUCAAUGGUAACACCAUAGAAUUUCAUCCACAGAGGCAAAGGUUGCACAUUUAAAACUAAGUUUCAUGACACUAUCAUUUACUAUGGAUGGACUAGGUCCUUGUGUGUUUUACAUUCGUAACCGUUGGGUCUUUUCAUUUCCAAUGAGGAGUUUGAAACAGCAGUAAUUUUCGUGGAACACAGAUCCCUUCAAUAACAUCUUGCCCUGUCUUUUGAAAGGUUCUGCGCCUACCAAGGAUCCCAGGCUUGACCAGGGGCCAUGGCGACCACCACCCAAUGAACGUGAAGAGAACAGGAAUGAAUUGUCGCCGAGAUUUGACAUGGGAGAUAAUAACCAACGACAUCCUCAUGAUCUAAGUUCAAGAGGAUUUCGAAGAGGUCCCUCAAGAGGGCGUGGUCAUGACUCGCCUCCGCAUCAUGGUCCCGAUAUGCAAGGGUCCAAUCCAGGAGGCCAUCAUCCAUUUAUUCACAACCUUUCGUCGAGAGGUUUCAAGAGUAAUAACCCAGGAAGAAAUGAGAAUAGAGACCCUCGCUGGGGAGGACCUCCAGAUGAGCCGCCACAAGGCCGAAGGCCUGAUGAACAACAUGGUUAGAGAAUCCUUCACGUUUCUUUUGUACAAGUUGUGUUUCUUGGCAUGGCCUGCGAGCAAGCUCUCCUAUUUGAGCAAGCGAAGCGAGCCUCGCGAGAACGCGCGAGCGAGAGGCCGAGGAAAGGAGGCUCGCCGCUGGCUCGCGCGUUCUCGCGAGACUCGUAUGUACAAAAUGCUGCUUAAUAGGUAUGGAGAAGAUAUCCAAAAAAAAAUCAGGGCGCACUAACCCUAAUAAUGCAGGGGCACACGACGACUGUUUCCUCCUAAAUACAUUGAAACACUUUCUCUAGGAAUGCAUUCUAAGCGGCGCUAUAAAAUUUGUAUCUGUUCUGUUAUCCUAGGGGAACUUGAGUCUUUUCUAAAUGUAAGGGCUUCAGUAUUAUUUUCCCGAAAAUUUUAGACGCAAUUUAACGUAUUACGAAAGUGAGGAUUUUUCUGAUUCCUCUCCCCAUCACAGUUUUGAAUCCGAAAAUCUUAGGUUUCCUUUUUGCUACCAAAAAUAGCCUAACCUGAGCAGUGAAAUGUGAAAAAUUGAUCUUCAGUAGAUUGUAGGGAAUUAAUUAGACAUAAGAUGGAAUGGGAUGGUCAUCUAGAAAUUUUUAGCUGUCCUCAAGUAAUGGAAAGUUCUAGGCAAUAUUUGGUUCUCCGAACAGAUAUUUUACGGAAAACAGUCGUUGGUUGCCCGAGAUAAUAUCUCAGUGAUUUUUGCAGAUACAGCAUUAUUAAAAGCUUGAAAAAGUUGGCCCGGUUUUUUCAAAGUUUCAUUAUACGUCGAUUCUUGUCAUCCAUAGCAACAGACGACAAGAAACAGGUUCAAUGCCUAAAUAUACUCUUUUAAAAAUAGCAAAAUUGGACCAUUAUUUUGGAAAUCAAUUUUAGCUUUUUAGAAAGAUGGCAAAUAGCCAGACAAACUAGCUCCUUUAAGAUGCAGUUUACCCGUAUAUACGAGUACGGGCGCGGGUAAUCAACCGUUCACGUUAACUGAGCGGUGUCUCUUAAGGUCUCGAUAAGUUAGUCUAAUGUGUUUGUUGAGAAAAUGGCUUUCUAGAGGCAAGAAGCUUUGUCACGUAACUCUUUUACUAGUAGAGGCUUCGUAAGAGUUGAGCCACAGUAUACAACAUCUGCAAUCUCUGUUUUGAACUUGAUUCAGGUCUCUUCGAAAGGCGUGAUAGCUGGGGAACACCUCAACACCCCCAUGAUCCUCGAGGGCCACCACCGAGAGACGAACCACGUGAUCCACGCAUGAUGAGAGGCCCAGGCCCGCCGCCGCCACCUGAAACAAACGAUAAUAAACCAGCUAUACGUCCCCUAAUGAGUCUCAGUCCCCCGCCGCUGCCUAUAGGACAGGCAGGGUUUGAUUUCGGUCUUGAUGAUGAUUCAUGGAAAGGGACUCCUGACAGGCGAGGCAGGAAGCGGUCAGGGGAACAAGAGGGAUUUAGGGACGGUGACAGGGGGCCUCCUAAGGCUAUACGACCUGAAGAUGACUGGAGACGGGGGCCAGGUAAGAACUUAAUACAAGGUAGGGGAACUUUCCACCCCCUAGCUCCUGUACAACCACCCCUCCCCUCUUCCCCCAUUUUUUUUUUUUUGAGGGGAAGUGGGGAUGCUGAACACCGUCUAUAAACCUUCAACCUUUCAAACAAUUUAUAAUCGAUGUAAGAUUAAGAUGUCAUUUCCGACAGUCAUAGUGAACGCAGCUAAUUCAGUAAAGCCCUCAAAAACCUUAGAAUGUACAGAAAACAUUCUUAAUAGAUCAAGUUCGUCUCAAAAGAUCUUUCUUACACAAAUGUGACAACUAAUUAAGGACACAUAAAUGAGAACGCGUCGAAUUUAAGCAGUUGAGCGAUAGGCCCUUUGCAGCUAGCCAUUCACGUGGUACAAAACCGCAAUGCUGGAGAGCAAAAGUCGCACUGGGACAAGGCAAACAAGGGAAAUUACCAUUUAAAAUUAUGUAUGCCUUUUGUUUUGUCUGGUCCCUGUGCGACUUUUGCUCUCCAGCAUGGCGGUUUUGUACCACGUGAAUGGCUGGCUGCAAAGGGCCUAUUAAAAUGCAGAGGGUCGGACAAAGGGAAAAAGAACUCCCUCGAUCCCGAGUGGAAAAGGUUUUGUUUUCCGUGGUGAUAUGGCAGCCACUGUUACUUUAUUCAUUUCGACUUCUUUCAAAGUUCCACUUAGGAGUAUUGAUCAUGGGUUUGUCUCUCUUUUUCUGUCUAGUGGAUCAAGGGCCCCCGGAAAGUUGGAGAGGACCAGAUGACAAUUUUGAAGAUGGGCCCUGGCAUGACGAUGAAAGAGGGCCCUACCCACCAGGAGACAGCCCCAUGAGGGGGAGAGGAAAACCACGAGGAGGGAGGAGAGGGCGGGGAGUAAGGAGAUGA